AUGGGGAUCAAAGCUGCUCUUCCCAAGUAUGAGAUUUAUUUCUACAACACUGUUUUGUGUCUGGCCAUGUUCUGGGCCACUAGCUGGAUCUUUGAGGUGUCCAGUUCCAAUGCAAACAGAAAGACUUUCAAAACCAGUGUGAAGCCAGGAUGGUACUACUUUGGGAGGAAAAUGGAAACUGCAGAUUUCGAGUGGCUGAUGUGGUUUUCCACCUUUAGAGACCACAUCAUAUUUGCGCUCUCUGGUCAUGUGCUGUUUGCCAAGAUCUGCUCCAUGCUGGCUCCACAGUAUCGGUCCUUGGUAUAUAUGGUGUACGGCCUGCUUGCUGUGUGGACCAGCAUGGGCUGGACCUAUGUCACCCUCAUCCUCUCCCACUGUAUCCUGCUCUACAGCAUCUCUUUAGUGAAAAUCCGCUGGCUUUGCUUCGUCACUGGUCUUUGUACGCUGGCUACAUUCAAGUGUGAACCCUUCAUUUCCUGGCAGGCAGGUUUUGUGGAAGGGGACUUUGAGUUGCGUCCUGUUUUCUUCUAUGGAGGAUGUGGGUUUACAAUCAUGCGUUGUAUGAGUUUUGCUCUGGAGAACUGUGAAAGAAAAGAUGGCAACUACAACAUCUUGGAGCUGCUCAAGUACAACUUCUACCUCCCUUUCUUCUAUUUCGGGCCUAUCAUGACUUUUGAUAAAUUUUAUGUUCAAGUCAACAGGUGUGACCUUACCAGGAAAGAGCGGGAGAUGUGGAAUAUCAACCUGCAGGGUGUGAUCCACCUUAUCGUCAUCAUUGUAGUGGACAUCCUCUUCCACUUCAUGUACAUCCUCACCAUCCCCACUGACUUGAAGCUGAUGAAGCAUCUGUCUGACUGGGCUCUAGUGGGGCUGGCUUACUUUAACCUGGUGUAUGACUGGGUGAAAGCAGCUGUGAUGUUUGGAGUCAUCAACACGGUAUCCAGACUGGAUCACCUUGACCCUCCUAAACCACCAAAAUGCAUCACCAUGCUCUAUGUGUUUGCUGAAACUCACUUCGACAGAGGGAUCAACGAUUGGCUGUGCAAGUAUGUGUAUAAUUACCUGGGUGGAAAGCAUGAGAACUUGGUGGAGGAGCUUGUGGCUACACUGUGCACCUUCGGCAUCACCAUCCUCUGGUUGGGACCCUGUCAGGUGAUCCUGAUCUGGGCUUUCCUGAACUGUUUUGGUCUCAACUUUGAGCUGUGGACAGCCAAAUUCUUCUCCGUGGAGCCAUUUAGCUCUUUUGAGAUGGCAAUGUCAGAAGCGAUGUCUCGGCGCAUCAGAGCCAUCUUCAACACUUUUAACUUCUGGAGCAUUGUGUUAUACAACGUUCUGGCCUUGAACAGUUUGGACUUUGCAAAGUUGGUCGCCAAACGGCUGCUUCUAAAAGGCUUCCCCAUAACCACCAUCAUCGUCAUGUUUGUGACCUACUGUCUGAUUCAAGUGAUCAAGGAGCAAGAGAGGAGACAGGCACUCAUAGACGAUCCCGAUCCACUCCCACCGGCACCGCCUCCAAACGCUGCCACCAGUCCUACCACCUCUGCAACUGCACCCACUGCUGCUCAGCCAGUCGCAGAUCCCAGCAAAGAAAAAGCAGAGUAG